CCGCAAGCAAGAAGGUUCUCAAUGAAUCAAAAUAUUGGAGACUACAAUACAACAACUUUCAAUUAUAUCAAACUUUGUGUUCUUCUAUCAUGCAAAACCAUCCCAACUGUGCUUUUCUCAACCUCCUUCACAUGCACAGCUCCUCUUUUAUCAAUACUGCUGACACGUGAAUGUUCUAUGUGUCACAUUGCCUGUGGUUUCUAAAGCCUAGGACUUAGAGCAAGGGCAGACUCACCGAGCAUUAAGUGGACGAACUGCUGGUCUAAAUCCGCUUGGUUUAUGGUUUUUAGCUGACACUUGUGGUCUUAGAUUGAAUUAAUCUACAAAAGAUUUCAGGGAAAUGAGUAAUGAAAUAUAGUUGCUAUGUGUCAUGAUAUGGUGAAGCGGUUUCAAGAAAAUGAAAAUUCGGAAGAAACAUGGAUGGGAAGGAGGCAGAGAGAUUGAUAGCAGCAUCGUCGAUGUUUCCAGGUUUUAAAUUCAGUCCGACGGAUGAAGAGUUAAUCUUGUAUUACCUCAAGAACAAGUUGGAGGGCUAUGAUAAAUGCGUUCAAGUCAUACCUGAACUCGACAUAUGCAAAUACGAGCCAUGGGAUUUGCCUUCCAAGAGUAUCAUCAAGUCAGAUGAAGAGUGGUUUUACUUCUCCCCUCGUGGAAAAAAGUAUCCAAAUGGUUCACAAAGUAAAAGAGCAACCGAGAUUGGUUAUUGGAAAGCUACAGGGAAAGAGCGCGCAGUUAAAUCUGGUUCGAUUGUGAUUGGUACUAAACGAACUUUGGUAUUCCAUAUUGGCCGUGCACCAAAAGGGGAGAGAACUGAAUGGAUAAUGCAUGAGUAUUGUGUGUCUGGAAAGGGUCAGGAUGCACUAGUGGUGUGCCGCCUUAGGAGGAAAAACGACUACUAUAAUUCCAUGAAUGAUGGUACAAAUGGACAUAUUCAAUCGUCAAAUCCGUCUUUGUUGAUGGCCACUAGUGGGAUCUACUCAGGGUGUGAUAUGGACCAUCUCACUAGUACAUCACAUAAGGAUCGAAUGGCUGAAUGUUCUUUUAAGAGAACUAGCAGUAGUAAUGAUUCACAUUCUGUAGAACAGAUGGAUUCUGCAUUUCAGUCAGAUUUGAAAACCAAAGAUGAAAUAGUCCAGCAACAAUGUGCAAGCCAUCAGCAUUUUGCCAACGAAGAUGACUUGUUUGCUGAAAUACUGAAUGAUAGUAUCGUUCAGUUGGAUGAAUGUCUGGCCCCAACACCAAUCUCAACAUUUGGUCCUGUGGUAACCAGUACCACAAUUGUUCCCGUAAUUCCACGCGUACCUAAUACUCUACAUCUCUCUGUUACUCCGCGAGUAUGUCCUUCUCAAGGAACCGCAAAUAGAAGGAUAAGACUUAAAAGGCUAAGGAGAUGUAGCUCGCGCAAGGAGCAGUUGGAGGAAGGCACAGGAGAAAAUAUGGUUCCCUCCGAGUCGAAGCAAGUCUUGAGAAAGGAUCGGAUGAGGCUAUUGAAAAAGUGUUGUCGUUUGUAUAUAGUACUAAUUACUAUGGCUUUGGUAAUUUUGAUGUUAGCUCAUGGCAUCUCUCCUGCGUACUACGUUUAGGAAAACCAUCUUAAUUUCGUUCAUUACUUGGUUGUUAUGGUUAGUUUGCAGUCUCGAGUUUUUUUUUUUAUAAACAUGUUCAUAUUCGGGAAACUGUAUGUGUAUUAACUUUAAUAAGAGGGAAUUGAGAUCCAAUGGAAA